AUGAUGUGUGACAGAGUGUGCCUUGUGCACUAUAAAGAUUCUAAAACCUAUUUAUUGUUUGUUCGUGAUUUUAAAGAUGGAAGAGGUGGCUUUAUGGAAACGGGUCGUAUCAGCAGUAUUUUAUGGAGUCACAUCUAUAAUUGUUGUUUUUGUCAACAAAAUAUUGUUGACGAAUUUCAAGUUCCCUUCAUUUCUUUUUGUUGGAUUCGGAUCGUUACGUUUCCAACAUUGGAUUCUUCCAUCCCUCGGAAGAUAAUGCCACUUCCCCUUCUGUUUGUUCUCAACUUAGUCUCAGGUUUGGGUGGUACGAAGCUGAUCAACUUGCCGAUGUUCACUGUCCUUCGACGAUUCUCCAUACUUAUGACGAUGAUCUUGGAAUACUAUAUACUAGGAGUGAAUGCUUCGAGAGCUGUUCGCAUUUCUGUGUGUUUGAUGAUCGCUGGAUCUGUCAUUGCUGCCCUAUUUGAUCUCACAUUUGAUCUGUAUGGUUAUAUUCUCAUCGGACUGAAUGAUAUCUGCACUGCAGCUCUCGGAGUGUACACCAAGCAAAAAUUGGAAGCAAAGGAACUGGGAAAGUAUGGACUAAUGUUUUACAAUUCAUUAUUCAUGCUAGUUCCAACUUUCAUACUUAUCACUUACACGGGUGAUACGGAUCAGGCAAUAUCUUUCAUGUCAUCUGCUCGCAUGACUAAAUCAGUGUGGAUUUGCUUCUUCGUUUCAUGCAUUUGCGGAUUCGCUUUGAAUUAUUCUCUUGUUUUAUGCACACAUUUCAACUCGGCUCUAACAACAACCUGCGUUGGCCCCAUAAAGAAUCUGUUCGUUACGUAUGUGGGCAUGUUCUCCAGCGGUGACUACGUCUUCCAGCUGACGAAUUUCAUUGGUAUAAACGUCAGUGUGCUGGGCAGCAUACUAUAUACAUACGUGACGUUCCGUACGAAAUCGCUCAGCCAACGAGUUCAAAGCUCUUUUGUGCUUUCCAAAGCAAUGCGUUACGGGAUACUUGAUUUACACUUGUCACGAACUCGUCGUAGGAUGCGAAAUAGCUUUAAGAUUUGUCGUUGGUUUUCGUCCGCUGCUGUAAUAACUGAUUACGCAAUGAUUGUUGAUUGUUUAUAUUGUAUUUGA